AUGCAGGCGGAGGAGGCGAGACACGCAGCGCUGCGGAUAGAGGCAUAUCGGCUUGUUUCCCUUGGAGACCCCAUCCCACACAAGAUUGAGUCCAUCACAACGUAUCGCACGCUCGUGUUUGUGGGGACUAGUGACAGCAAGGUGGCUGUGUACCGUGUAGAAGCCUGCAAAGAGAGUGCCGCACCACUGACGCUGUUGCAGGAAAUCACGGAGAGUCGGCGGCACGCUGUGCGGCAGCUCACCGUUGUCGGUAAGCGUCGCCUGCUUGCCCUCGUCGGUGAUGUCCUUGUUGUCUACCACAUCCAUGACGAUACAUCUCACUCUGCGAGCGGGUUUCAGCUGCGAGCCGUCACGACCAUCACAGGGCACAAAGACACCAUCGCCUUUCACGUGAAGCAGCAGAAGGGCAUUAUCUCCAUGGCAGUGCUGCAGCGAAAGCGCGUCACCCUCUACGAGGCUUCGCCUACCAACCUCGAUUUUCUGCUAAAAGUGACCGUGGCGCUACCGGACGGGGUCAAAACUCUUAGCUGGAUGGGGCGCAGCAUCAUCUUUGGUGGGCGCAAGGAAUACUUGCUCUACAACACCACCACCGCCUCGACAUCAGUCCUCUAUCCAACACCGCGGUCUGGCGCAGCGCCGCUUGUGCUGCCCAUGGCACCGGUGCCGGAGGUCCUCGUUGCCAGCGAUGGAGCGGGCUUACGCACGCUCCUGUACGACGGCAGCGAGGUGCCCGGCGACUCGCGUAUACUGUGGGCGACACCACCGGCAGAAGUGCGUUACGAGCACCCGUAUGUCGUCUCUCACCAUCCGUCAGCGCCGCACCACGCCUUGCAGAUUCGCCUUCCUAUGCUAGCCACGCUGGAGGACGCCACUGCUUACCCGAGGAGCUGCCUCUGCCAGACCAUUGACCUCCCGAAGGUGGUGAAAGUGUCGCAGUGCCACUGGAUCGACUACGACUGCGCCAUGCCCUCAAGGUCCGCACCGCCGGAUGUGUUGUCGUACUCCCCCAUCGUCCUGGCAGAUUCCGACCACCGCCUCCACCUGCUCGUGCGCACCUCGGUGGCUGUUCAGGCAGAGGCCCUCGCUGCCGCAAAGCUGUUCGCCGCUGCCGAUCUUCUGUGCCGCCUGUGCCCUCACGAAGUAGCGCCGCCCACACUGCAGCGAAUUGUGAUGGCCGGGGCGCUGGACAAGUUUAUUGCCCAACAGGACUACGCCGGCUGUUUCCACGAUUUCAGCACCAUCGAGUCUGACCCCCGCGUGGCAAUCCAGCUCUUUCCGGGGUUCCUGCGCCUUGACGAAACCCCAUCGAGCUGCCCAGCGCUCCCUGCCGAGGCACCUGCCACCAUCGUGGUGGCUGCUCUCCCAGCGUUGGCUGACUACCUGCACUCGCAGCGUGCCACAUUGGUGCUGUUGAGCGGCAGUGCGUCUGCUGAGCCGGUGCAAUCGCAGCUCAGGGCGGUGGACAGGGCGCUCGUGAUGUCACUUUGUGCACUGAAGAGGGAGGAGGCGCUGAUGGCACUACUGCGUGGCGAGAUCGCCUGUGACGUAGCAGAUGCAGCGGCUAUCCUUCGCGAGCACCGGCAGUGGGUGGCCCUCACGCUGCUGCUGGAGGCCCAUGGUCAAUACGAUGAGGCGGUGUCGCAGCUGCACCACCUCGUUAGCACGAGUGAGGAGAGGACUGAAAUACCGCAGCCCCAGCUUGGAGCGCUCCAAGAGUUGUUUCAGCGACAUCCAUUUCCUGCAGCGAAAGGGGAUGACUAUGUUGCGCAGUCCACUCUAUGGGAGUGGUUAACGUCCUGCCCAUCUGCGCAUCCCCUCUCGACCGAGGACACAGCAGCGACAUGUACCAUUGCGACAGCAAUGAUGACUGCGCUGAACUUUUUUCGGCGUCGGCCGCUGACUCAGUUUCAUCGACUGCUUGAGCAGCACUCUUCCUGGGUGUUUGGUGUGGUGCCCGCUGAGAGUGCUGUUCGCGUCUUUUUCUCUGAAGAGAAUGUGCACCACUACGGCGUGGCACUGCAGGUGCUGCAGGCUUACCCCGAGGCGCCCUGCACGACGCCACGGCUACUGCUUGUCGUCGAGUACCUUUUCCAGCUUCUCGCCGACGUGCGUGUGCGGGUGACAGAGCCUGUCAUAUACGAGCGCUAUUGGAGAGGGCUCGGUGAGUUGCUCUUCGCCUCUCCCGUCAAAACUGUCAUGGAGACGGAAAAGCGUCAGCGGCUGCGCGACCGCCUUCACGAGUUCCUGCUGACAUCGCCGCACGUGAAUCUUGAGUCGGCCGCGGCUUACUUUAAUGCAGCAGACAUACGGUCGAGGUGCCUUCCUGAGCGGGCUGUGGUGCAUCGGCGUCAGGGUAGCCACCAAGCGGCCAUUUCAAUGUUUCUGAAUGAAUCUGAAUGCCUGGCUGACGCAACUGCCUACGCUAGAAGCGUGUAUGCUGACGGCAGCAGCGACGCCUUCACAGCGCUGCUCGAGGCGCUGCUGAGACCCACUGCGGGCGCGCCGCGGGUGACGGAGGCCCUUGAGGUCAUGAACACGUGUGACGGCAUAGACGCUGCUGCUGUGCUGCCAAUGCUUCCAGAUGAAAUGGCGUUUGCACAGGUCAGCAGUUUUCUGCUCCAUGCGCUACGUGCCAACACGACAGCGUGUCGUGCUUCCGCUGUGUAUAAUAGUAUCUUACAGGCGAAGAGACUCCAGAGUGAGGAAAGCUGCAUUCGCCUUUCCUCACGUGCCGUCGUGCUUGAGGAAGGGAUGGUGUGCCCCGUGUGCCAGCGCCGGCUCCGUCCAGAUACGGUGCUCGCGGUGUAUCCCAACAAUGUCAUGCUGCAUCAAGGGUGCGCAUUGGAUGAGCACGUGUGCGCGGCCACUCUCCACGACUACCGCCAUGAUGCGUAUGCGACUCUCGAGGACUUGUAG